UACAGGAAUCAAGUCGAGAAGUUAUGAAGGCAUGGAUCCCCCUCUCUACAUCUUUAGUGCAGAUCAUCUCCAACCCCACGUCCUGCUCCUGAGACAGAGAGAGAGAGACCCCAACAUGAUCCUGCUCCUCCUUCUGUUCGCCCUGACCCUGGGUGCUGUGUCUCCUUCAGAUGGACCUGAGGUCAAGCUGCAUUGUGGAAACUGUCCCAUGUUCUGGUUCAGCUUCAACAGCCGCUGCUACAAGUACGUGGCCACUAAGAUGACCUGGGCUGAUGCUGAGUUCCACUGUGUGUCCCAGGGAGCCAACCUGGUGUCUAUCCACAGUCUGGAUGAAGAGAAUUUCGUCAAAGCCCUGAUCAAGAACUUUGAUCAUGCUGAAGGGGGAACCUGGAACGGGCUCAGCGACAUCCACAAAGAAGGCCGCUGGAUGUGGUCUGAUGGUUCUGCAGUGGACUAUACCUUUUGGUCCUCAGGACAGCCAGACAACCACGGUGGAUUGGAAAACUGUGGUCAUAACAACUUUCACAUUGCUAAGAAAUGGAAUGAUGGACAAUGUAGGGCACAUAUUCCUUCUGUUUGUGAAUCUCAAAUAAUGUGUCCUCAGUGAUGUAAUGUCUGAUUUAACCUGAUCACUGAUCACCUGAUGCUUGUUGAUGCGAAAUAGUCCUCUGCAAUAAAGACAGAAAUGCACACUU